AUGACUCGUCAUUUAAAAGCGCUUAUUGGACCUUCAAUUCUCAAUGCUGAUUUAUCUCAAUUAUAUGAAGAAUCUCAAAAGUUGCUUGAUAAUGGAGCAGAUUAUUUACAUUUAGAUGUAAUGGAUGGUCAGUUUGUACCUAACUUAACCUUUGGUCACCCUGUAGUGAAGUGCCUUCGAGGAAAAAUAAAAGAUGCCUUUUUUGAAACUCACAUGAUGGUUGAGAAACCAGAGCAAUGGAUAACACCAAUGGCUGAUGCUGGAGUCAAUCAAUACACAUUUCAUAUAGAACCUGUCAAAGAUGUAAUAGAAGUGUGCAGAAAAGUUAGAGAGCACGGAAUGAAGGUAGGAGUUGCAAUAAAGCCUGGAACUCCUGUUUCUGAAGUUGAAAAAUAUAUCUCUAUAUCAGACAUGGUCUUAAUAAUGACCGUUGAACCAGGGUUUGGUGGCCAGAAGUUUAUGGAGAAUCAAAUGGCCAAAGUGCAAUAUUUAAGAGAGAAUUACCCAUUACUGGAUAUUGAAGUAGAUGGUGGUGUAGGGCCAUCAACAAUAAAUUGCUGUGCCAAUGCAGGAGCCAACAUGAUAGUCUCAGGGACAGCCAUAAUUGGAUCAGCAGACCAAGCUGCUACUAUAAAAUUACUACGAAGUACUGUACAGGAUGCAAUAAACAAAUAAUACUAUAAGCGACAACACCACAAGAACAUGCAUUCCAAGGGUUUAAAGUCUUCCAAAUUUUGAAUUUCAGGGUCAAAAUAAAAAAAAUCACUACUUA